GCUCAGUUCGUGGGCGCCUGCGCGCAUGUGCAGUCAGAGAUUCAGAUACUCUAUUCAGAUACUCAGAUACUUCGAUACUUCGACACUUAGUUGCUCAGCGAUCGUUGUUUUUCGUCGGCGGUUGGGACUCGAGAUCCAGUCGGUGAUAUUAAAUACAAUAUAUACACAUAUAUUCGGUGUACAGCACAGCAUCCCAGCCUUCUUUCGGUGAUUGCAAUAAAAGUGAAAUUUAGUGCCAAAAAAGUUGCCAAAAUCACAAUCAGAUUUUUUGUUUCGUUUUUGUUCGAGUGACGAGUGUGUUGCCAGUAAAAAGAAAUUCAAAGGAAUUGCAGGUCAGGUAGCCGGCAGUCUUAAGCCAGAUACCUACUCACCGGAAUAUCCAGAUCAAUCAAUCAGCGGAUCAGGGAGGAUCGACCUUCAGCGAGGCGAAGUUCUUCUUCAGAAAUGGCUCUCCAUUUGGGUCUUGGUCUUGUCACCCUGAUUUUGGCGUCUUGGCUGGCCUUGUCCGCGGCGCAAUCCCAGGAGAGGAUUGGUAGAUCGGCGUUGCCGGCCCAACCGGCGGAUCAUCUGGUGCCGCCACCACUGCCCAUUCCCCAGAGAUUAACGCACGCUGGAGCGGGAUCUCCUUCGGCGGUGGCACCUUCCGUUGCUCCAGUGGCUCCAGUUGCCACUCCCGAGGCCACUGGCUUCAUGACCCGUGUGGCCAGAUGGUUUGGCCUGGGUGGCGGCGGAUCAUCGCCCAAGGAUCAGCAACUGGGGGCCAGCAACUCGCUGAGCUAUGCCUAUCCCAAGCCAGCUGCAGGUGGCUUCGAUGCGGGCGGCAAGCCCUGCAGCCUGUGCAACAAGUAUCCCUGGGUGCCCAUGGUGGGUCAGCAGCAGCAGUUGCAUCCGCAGCAGCUCAACAGCCAGCUGCAAGUGCAGCAGCAGCAACUGCAGCAUCUGCCGCAGCAGCAGCAGCAGCAACAUCACCCGCAGCAACAACAACAACAACUGCUGCAGCAUCCCCAGCAGCAACAUGCAACAUGGCAGCAGCAACAACCGCUGGCCCAGGCCUCGCAGCAACGUCAGCGGGCGGUGCAAUUCCUUCAAGGCUCCGGACAGAGUGUCUUCCUGCCCUUGGUGGUGCCACUGCCCCCACUGUACAAUGCCCAGCCCUUCCGGCCGGUGCCAUCGCCUCAUCCGCAUCCUCAUCCCCAUCCUUAUCCCCAUCCUCAUCCUCAUCCGCCCAAGGAGAAUGCGGUGGCCCAGUCGGAGGUGAGACCAGUGCCAGUUUCCCCACCACUACUGGCAACUCCUGCCCCUCCAGGCCCCAGCACCUCCAGUUUCGAGAUCGUGCAGAGCCACCAGGUGACGGACUUCGUGACCUCCGUGGAGUACCCGGCCACCUUCGUGCAGUCGCAUGCCAUCGAUCUGGGUGGUCAGCAGGUCAAUGCCGAGCGGGAAGCGCAGCCGGACAUCAGUACAGUGCGCUACCAGCUGGAGGAUCUGAGCAGUGGCCAGCUGCAUCAGCAUUUGCCCGCCUCGCAGCUGCUCACGGAGAUUGGGCAGUUUGCGGAGACCACCACACAGCCACCGGCGGCGGAUAACUACCCAGCGGCCUCCUCCCAACAGCAAUUGCAGCAGGAGCAGGAACAGGAACAGGAGCAGGAGCAAUCCUUCUACUAUGCCGAGCAAUUCCAGGAGGAGACGAGCACCCUAACGUACAGCACCACUACGGAUUUACCCAUUACGACGACAAUUGCGCCACCAGCGUCACCUGUCAUUGAGCUGAACAACCAUUUGGCUGCAGUGCAGCAUCACCGCCAGGGCAUCGGAAGGGGCAGGGAAACGCCCAAGCGUCUGCUGGAUUCACCCAUUAACCACGCCCCCUUGACAGGAGCAGGAGCAGGAGGAGGAGUGGGGGGUGGGCGACCCUUCACCCGCGAUCCCGCCGAUCUCGGCUUCCGUCUCAGCCAGAUGUACACGCCCACACAGCCACCGACGCCCACCUCCACAUACGGCGCCAUCGAUGCCAGUGGACAGUUUGCCGGCAUGGCACCGCCAAGUCCGCAGCAGGUGAUCAUACCCUAUACCACCAAGCAGCGACCACGCCCCUUCGAGAGCUGGACGCCCUCAAGGCAGCUGAACCACCAACAGCCGCAACCAAAUCCCCAGCAGAACCAGAAUCACUAUCACAAUCGAAAUCAGAAUCCUCACCAUGGCAACGACCUGGAGGAGGAGCCACACGAGCAGCAGGAGUCGAAACUAGCCACAGCCACCGUGACGGCACCACCACUGCCACCCAACUCGCGACGCACCACCAAAUACCUGACCAAGAUUCUGGCCUCCAACCUGAGGGAGCUGCUCAAGCGGGAGCGGGAGACGAAGCGUUUGCUGCCCGGCCAGGGAUUGGGCGUGGACAUCUCACGGCUGCAGCACAACAUCGAUGGAUGGACGGAGCAGGAGUACAACUCCCUGUCCCAUCGGCCCAGCACGCCCACCAUUCGGGGCAGAUCCAAGCACAUACCCUCCGAGUAUCUGACCACCACCACCACGACGACCACCACACCAUCGCCCACUGCAUUGAGAGACCACCACCAACAACAACACCACCACCAACACCACCACAGUUUUCAGCGCCAGUCGAAGACCACGCGGGGCGAGGGCUUCGAGCUGGGUGCCGCGCCACCCACCGAUGCCGGCGAUCUGUCCACCUCCAUCAACAAUCUGGAGCAACUGCAUCUGCUGGGCGAGCGCGGCGCGAAGGGCUUCCAGCCCAUCGAGGACAAUCGUCUGCACUUCGACUACUACGAUGCCCAGCAGCGGCCGAGAUCCACCGCGGCCAUGACCAGCAGUAGCACCAGCACUACCACUAGCACCACCACCCCGCCACCCAGCACAACGACAGCGGUGGCUCCGCUCUAUGUGCGCAGCACGCCGGCGCCCAAGGAGCUGUGGAAACAGGCCCAGGUGGCCAUCCUGCCGCAGACCAACGAGAAGGUCUAUGUGGUCACGCCACAGCCGCGCCACCAGGAGCACCACCCAGUGGAGCAGGAGCAGGAGCAGGAGCAGGAGCAUCGGGUUCGGGACCGGGAUCGCCACGAGGCCUCCGCCUCUGCUCCGAGACCCGUUUACCAGACGCCAGCGCCGCGGUUUCCACGGAUGCGGCCCACUCCAGCAGGUGAAGUAAAGUCGGCCACGCCCACCAGUUCGUCACAGCUGAGAAACUAUACGCCGGACAUUUUUGGACUGAUGGGACUGUCCGCUUUUGUGCCGGCGGAACCCGUGGAGAUAAUCGAUGGAAAUUCCAAAGUCAACACGAUAGUGACGGCAGCCCCGACGGCGGCUGCACUGCAACGACCCACAGCGAAACCCACGAUGUCGCCCUCGCCCAGAUAGAGGUCAAGGCCGAGGUCAAGGGAAAAGGUCAACCCUCAUCCCCCCUACCUGUUGUAAUAUAUUUACCCCCCCCUCCCGGCCGCCCCUUCAGCCACCCGAGGAUGCAACCUAGUUUAUAGGGCCAAGUCUUUGGAAGAUCCGAUCCCGAAUCACAGUUAGAGUAUUUUCGCAUUUGGUAGCUUUAAUGAGAGACGAAUAGCAGAGGACCAUGAUGAGUAACCAUGAGGACAGAGAACCAAAGGAAGAGUGGAUGGAGCUACCCCUAGAUUAUAUCCUCGAAAACAUUCGCAUUUUUUAUUUUUUUUUUUUUAGCAAUCUCUGAUAUUUUCGCGGGUUUCCCUUCGCUAGCUGUAUGUAGUUCUAUGUAUAAAUAUCUAUUAUAUCUAUUUCAAUCUAUACGGAAAGUUGGUUGUCAGGCGAUUGACAACGCUGCAAUCGAUGUGCAACCCAAAAAUAGCAAAAAUGAAUUGAACGAAUAAAAUAAAAUAAAUCAAAGUCAUUUUAAUGUACCUACUCUAAUUUGUAAGUAUAAUUGAAUAAAAAUAAAAUAUCAUCGGACUUUUAUU